AUGACAAAUAACUGGACCACGACAAAUGUUACAGGUAUAUUGCUGGUACUCAUAAGUAGAGUAAUAUGCGAUGAUGAUGAUGAUUAUUAUCUUGGAAGUACCUCCUCGGAGGAUGAAGUCACUUAUCAGGAUACCUUAUAUGACUCAAGAGAUUAUCCUCUUAAUUUGGAGGGAUCUUUAAGACAACGCAUGGCUUUGAAUGGCGCCAUUGCUGACCCAGGCAAGAGUUUUGUCUGUUCACCCAUUUCGGCCCUAAUGCCACUAGGGAAGCUAGCUUUAGGGGCAACAGGCACUUGUAAAAAGCAGUUGGAGGAAGCUGUUGGUGUAAGAUCGAGGCCAGAGCUGAAAAAGAGCUUCCAAUCGUUACUGGUUGGACUAAGAUCACUGUUUGGUGUGAAAUUAACAGUUUGCAGUAGAAUAUAUAUCUCCACAGACCACACGCUAAGAUCUCAAUUCAGAAGCGAUGCAAAGGAAGUUUUCAAAUCUACCUUCAAAAGAAUUAACAUGCAUCAACCCGAGAAAGUGGCCCGUAAAAUUAAUAACUGGGUAAGAGAAAAAACAAAAAACCUGAUACCGGAAAUAAUAACGCCAAAUAGUAUUUCUCCACACGCUUCGGUGAUACUAGUCAACGCGGUGUAUUUUUCGGGUAACUGGAUGAAUAAAUUCCACGACAUCGAAAUGCGAGACUUUUAUACAGCUACUGACAUUCGCAAGGUUCCUAUGAUGACGAGGGAAGGCAAAUACAAAUAUACUAAAAACGAUGCGCUGGAUUGUCAGAUGAUAGAAAUCCCCUACGUUGGAGGCCAAGCAUCAUUUAUUAUAUUCCUGCCAAAUACAAGGGACGGGUUGCCAUUGCUGCUAUACAAAUUAAAACUAGCCCCAGAUUUGAUGCAGACUGCUAUUAAUAAAAUGCGAGUGGAGAAUGUAAUAUUGUCUAUGCCGAAGUUUAAAACUACUACGGAAUUAGAUCUGAAGGUUUCAUAUGAAAAGUUGGGAUUAAAUGAAAUGUUAAAAACCCAAAAAUCCGGUUUAAAUGAAAUAGUGUCAGGAGACCAUCAUUUAUACGUAUCUAAAGCCAUACAAAAGGCAGUUAUAGACGUAAAUGAAAAUGGCACAGAAGCCGCUGCUGCUUCUGCGGUGGAAAUUUCAUUAUUGUCAUUUAUUUUAACCAAAAUAAAGUUCGAGGCCAACAGACCUUUUUACUAUUUCAUCAAAGUGAGGAAAGAGAAGAUUUUUACGGGUGUUUACAAUUAAAAUCAUAUCUGUUGUGUUUCUGUAAUUUGUAAUAAAAAAUAGGACGCUUUCCAUUCGUUUCCUUUUAUGUCCCUAAAGUUGGCAAAACAGUUGGUAGAACAAAACUGUAACCAAAAAAAAAUGUGCUUUAUUAGAUACACUGCCAAGUUAGUCAAAGA